CUUCGCCGCGCUCUGCGCUCUCGCAAGCACUGCCAAUGCUGUAACGCCCCUAGAGAUUAAAGGAAAGGAUUUUGUCAACAGCAAAACUGGAGAUCGGUUCCAGAUUUUGGGUGUCGAGUAAGGAUCUACUACUUUUCCUAGGGAUAUUCGACCAUAUUGCUUCUUGGAGAAAGCGGUGGUGUUGAUCUUUGUUUUACUUCGCAACAGUUACCAGCCCGGUGGUUCUUCUGGCUUCGACGGAAAGAGUGACCCUCUGACUGAUCCUGAUGCUUGUUUGCGUGAUGCUGCUCUCAUGCAACGUCUGGGUGUGAACACCAUCCGCAUUUACAACCUCGCCCCUGGCCUCAACCACGAUGAGUGCGUCUCUAUCUUUAAUGCUGCCGGUAUUUAUAUGAUUCUCGACGUCAACUCUCCCCUCUACCCGGGAUACAUCGACCGCUCCGCCCCAUGGACCACUUACACGGAAUACUACUUUACCCAGGUCUUUGGUGUUAUUGAGUCCUUCAAGGACUAUCCUAACACACUCGCUUUCUUCGCUGGUAAUGAGGUGAUCAACGAGGAUAGUGUCGAGCAGGUCCCUCAGUACAUCCGCGCCGUUCAACGUGACAUGAAGGAGUACAUCGCCAAGCACCUUACCCGUUCCAUUCCUGUCGGUUACUCUGCUGCUGAUGUCCGCCCUAUCCUGAUGGACACUUUGAACUACUUCAUGUGCGAGGAUGAGGACUCCACGACCUCCUCCUCCGAUUUCUUCGGUCUCAACUCGUACUCCUGGUGCGGAAAAUCUUCCUACACCAAGAGCGGCUACGACGUCUUGACUGAGGACUUCCGCAACGCGUCUCUCCCCGUUUUCUUCUCUGAGUAUGGUUGCAACGCGGUGAAACCACGUGUCUUCACUGAAGUGGAGGCCAUUUAUGGUGAAGACAUGACUCAGGCUUUCUCCGGCGGACUGGUCUACGAAUGGACCCAGGAAGCCAACGAAUAUGGCUUGGUCCAAAUCAACUCCAACGGCACUGUCACGCUCCUCAUCGACUAUGAUAACCUGAUGACUCAGUACAACAAGCUCGACAUGAGCCGUAUUGCAGCCUCUAACGCCACUCAGACUUCUGUUAAGCCCGUUACUUGUAGCGCAAGCCUUAUCCAGAACAGCACCUUCAGCACCAACUUCACCCUGCCUGCCAAGCCUCCUGGUGUCCAGGACAUGAUUGACAACGGUCUUACCAACAUUACCGCCGGAUCGCUCGUCAGUGUCAAGUCCCAGACUAUCCCCACGACUAUCUACGACUACAAUGGCCAGGAAAUCACCGACAUCAAACUGAAUGUCCUGUCUAGCGAUGAAUCCAACACCCCUGGCUCGAACCCCUCCGGCUCGACCAGCUCAAGUGGUAACAGUACCAGUAGCAGCAGUAGCACCAGCACCAGCACCAGCACCACCAAGGGUACAAGCAGCGGUAGUGAUCACAACGCUGGUGGUAAGCUGCAUGUUCCCUUCAUGGGUUUGGUGACGGGUGCUGCUACUAUGUUGGCGUUCUUCAUGAUGCUGUAAUUAUGUUGACCUGAAUUCUUUUUUCCGCUUUUCUUGUCACUGUGCCCUUCUCUUUGAUCUCUCCCUCUCUCUAUUUCAUUCUUAGGAAAUGCCCUGUUUCUCUUCGUCGAUUCAUACUUGUGCAUACUUUUUUUUCUCUCCUGGUGUGACUAUGAAUAGAUCUUACCUUACAUACAUCAUAUGCUCUACCCGACAAGUCAACACCAGUAAUAAAUUUUUAGAUGUGCAAUAUUAAAUUCUUCUAAUUGUCUUCUACAAU